AUGACCGAUCAUCUUUAUCUGUCUGGCGAGCAGCUUCCGUGUGUCAUCAUUCCUCCAGGAAACUAUGUCAUUCAAAGCGUGACCAUUAACCCUGGCGUACCACUCAACGUCGGGCUUCCCAACACGCUGGGAAAUGUCAUAAUCAUGACGAGCAGUGCACCCCAGCCAGAGCUUGGCGUUUGGAAUAUCAAACCUGCGGACCAGGGAGGGUUCCACAUCCAGAACGUCGGACUUCGUCGGAAUGUAACUAGCAUCCACCUCACCGAGUCUAAUCUUUUCCUCCCUGUGGUCGCGGUCACGAAUACCCCUGCAACCACCUACGCCAUCCAAUGCGCUGGUGGUGGAGAAUAUGUGAUCAAGAAUGUCGUGGCCGAUCAGCUGUGGACACCGGUCCCUUCUUCAGAUCAGGAGGUCUCGACGAUUGAACUACUUCCUGCGAGCGGAUCGCGCACUCAGCACUGGAAUUUCGUGCCAGCGUGA